AUGGGCUUCUUCGACUUCAGAUCCAAGGCGGCUGACACACAAGUCACCCAACAUGAUGCGCCUUCUGAAGAUACCAUUGUUGCAGGCGAUCUGCACUACACUGGAGAUGCAGGCGGCAAUACCUCCCUUCCGACAUACCAGGAGGCUUCGGGCGCGCCGGUUGAGGUUGUCUCGCCGCUUGGCUACGAGGCAGGGUUCAUCACGUUGAUCUUCAUGAACGUUAGCAAGAUGGUUGGGACCGGAAUCUUCUCUACCCCUUCGUCUGUUUUCGAAGGAACCGGUUCUAUCGGCCUGGGUCUAUUCUAUUGGGUGAUAGGGUUUGCUGUCGCUGCAAGCAUGCUCUCCGUCUACCUCGAAUUCGCAUCGUAUUUCCCUAGUCGAUCUGGAUCAGAGGCAGUCUAUCUGGAGCAGGCGUAUCCUCGCCCUAGGUACUUUUUUCCUACCGUCUUCGCGGUGCAGACAGUGGUAUUUUCAUUUAGCAGUAGCAAUGCUAUUGUCCUGGCCAAUUAUCUCUUCAGACUGGCGCAGUCAGAACCUACAGCAUGGCAAUCCAAGGGUGUCGCUCUUGCGUCGUAUACAGUGGCAACUUUAGCUGUCUCCUUCAACACGAAGUGGUCUCUUCAACUCUCCAACGCCAUCGGCUGGGUCAAACUUGUUACUUUGCUAUUCAUCGCAAUUACCGGGCUAGUCGUCCUCGGCGGCAACGUUUCGUCUAUACCAGACCCCAAGGCUCAUUUCCGAAACGCUUUCGAGGGAACUUCAGAUGCUACGGUGUAUGGAGCUACUAACUCACUCAUCAACGUGAUGUUUUCCUACCAGGGAUACGAGAAUGCCUUUAACUUAGUCAACGAGGUUAAGAACCCUGUCAAGACGCUCAAAUGGAGCGCCCCUGCUUCGCUCAUCACCAUCGGUAUCCUUUACAUGCUUGCGAACAUCGCUUACGUUUCUGCUGCGAGUAAGGAGGAAAUUGCUGCUUCGGAAAUCAACGUCGCUAGUCUCUUUUUCGAGAAGGUAUUCGGAGGCGGCGGUGCGUCUCGCGCCUUGAAUUUCUUGAUCUGCGUCAGCGCGUUUGGUAACCUGCUCGUUGUGCUCAUUGGCCAAUCCAGAAUGCUGCGUGAGUGUGGCAGACAAGGUGUCCUCCCGUUUACCAAAUUCUGGACUUCCACGCGUCCCUUUGGAACUCCGCUGGGGCCGUACUGGCUAAAGUGGAGUCUGACUGCUAUUAUGAUUCUGGCUCCUCCAGCGGGUGAUGCGUUUAAUUUCGUGGUCGACUUGGGAGUAUACCCCCAAAGCAUGUUCAACUUCUUCCUUGCAAUUGGUCUCUUGUUCACCCGACGACACCGAAAGCGUCUCAACAUCCCCAGAACCGAAUGGCACGCUUGGGACGUUGUCGUCUAUUUUGCCAUUCUAGCCAACCUCUACUUGCUCGUUGCUCCCUGGUACCCACCAGCAACAGGCGCAACCGGAGGCGACGUGAGUUUCUGGUAUGGAACAUACGUGGUCGUUGGGAUCUCUCUCAUUGGCCUUUGCGGCGUCUACUACUAUGUCUACAUGAAGGUCCUACCCCGUUUUGGAGGCUAUCAGUUCCGCCAAACAAUUCUUACGGGGCCAUCAGGCGAGACAUCACAUAAGAUGGUCAAGGUACCUAACGCCGAGCUUGCCAAGUGGGACGAGGAUCAUGAUGCUGCGGGUAGGCUCCGCCGGCGGGCAAACGCCCAUCAGAAGUCUGAACAGCCUGUAGAGGCUUAG